AUGCCUAGCUCUCAUCGCUUCGCCUGCACAACCGCCUGGGCUCGUACCAGACGAGCUGAGGUCUGUCGGCUGCCUGCUGGUUCAACUAGCCCACACCAAUUGAUGACCACAACCCUUGCUUUAUCAGCACCCCAGUCGCCAUCAUUUGUGAUUUCCCGGGCCACUAGCCUCUCUUUUUCGCCUGAUUUACCACCGCCUUCAAAGUCUCACUCCGUCAGCCCAGAGUCGGACGUCUCUCUACAAACGCCGUCGUUGCCUGCGUUUACUGAUGCCGGACAUUCAGGAUCCCGCUCUAGUUCGUUAGGCACCCCACUUCCACUUCCACCAACUACUCCAGGUUUUUCGCCGGGGUUUGGACUUUCAAGUGUACCAGUGCUCUUUACUCCGUCACCUCCCCAAUUAAUGCCUAGUUCUGAGCAGGUGCUAGUAGAUUCUCGCCUUUCUCCUCGCGUGCAAGUGGAUGUUAUUCCCAGAUCGACUGGGUCAGGCCGAGCUGCCUUCGCCACCUCUACUGCCAGCAUUGCUUUGUCAAGUCAAUUUGGGAAUUCUGUAUUCGCACAAGACAGGGCCCCCAUCUCUCAUUUUUUCUGUGCUGCCAAUGAUUGUACAAGCCGACCCGAUGGAGGCUUUAACAACGAUGAAAAUGCCUCUUUAGCUAUACGUCCCUUGGCUUUGGCUAAUGCGCUCUACCGCAUCUCAUGUAGUUCGGAAAGCGUCGAAAGCAGCAGGGCUGUCGGGGCUUCUGCAUCAGUGCCAUUUGUCACUAACUUAAAGGAGAUUCAACCACAUGAGGCGCCUUCUACGCUGGCUGGCAGACGAAAGGAGAAUUUCGAAGACCAUGCUGGCUUAGUCAGUUGA